UUACUCCAGCGGAGCGGCCCCCACGGUGCACCCACACCCAGCCUGCGCCGUGCGUUGCGCGGGGAACCGGAGCAGCUCCGCAGUGGUACCCACGCAGGACAUCGUGUCCGUUGCUGCGGCUGUUUGUGGAGCUCUGAUCGGCCUCGGCAGGCAGGGAAAGCCCGGAGUCAUCCUCCUUUUCCCCCUCCUCCCCAUCAGUCUAUCCAUUCUGCUGGCUGCUCUCUGAGGCUGCUGCGGGCAUCAUCAUCCAUGUCCUGUCAGCGUGGACCGGUUUGUUUACUGAGCAUCAUCUGACUGGAGAAAACAUCUGACUGCGAUCAUGAGCAGCACUGUCUUUCAACAGCAGGCUGUCCAUUCGGCUCUGGAGCAGCAGAAGCAGAAGGUGAAGCAGGAAGGAGGCGGGUCUGUCGCUUGUCAGAACUGUGGGAAACCCUGUAAGGGGGAGGCUCUCCGAGUUCAGAACAAACACUUUCACAUAAAGUGUUUUGCCUGCAAACUAUGUGGCUGUGAACUUGCUCAAGGAGGCUUCUUUGUGCGCCAGGGUGAAUACAUCUGUACGCUGGACUACCAGCGGCUGUACGGGACCCGCUGCUUCAGCUGCCAGGACUUCAUUGAGGGGGAGGUGGUGUCGGCGCUGGGGAAGACCUACCAUCCUCGCUGCUUUGUCUGCGCCUCAUGCAAACAGCCAUUCCCAGCUGGUGACAGAGUGACAUUUAAUGGAAAGGAGUGUAUCUGCCAGAAGUGUACCCAACCUCUGCCUGCCAACAGUCCUGCACCCAUCCAGGCUGUCCACAACUGCUGCGGCUGUGAGAAGGAGUUCAAGAAUGAACAGUCUCUUGUUGCUCUGGACAAGCAUUGGCACCUGGGCUGCUUCAAGUGUAAAGUCUGCAACAAGGUGCUCAAUGCAGAGUACAUCAGCAAGGAUGGGAUCCCCUACUGUGAGAUGGAUUACCAUGCCAUGUUUGGCAUCCAGUGUGAGAGCUGUAAGAAGUACAUCACUGGGAAAGUUCUGGAGGCUGGAGAGAAGCAUUACCACCCCACAUGUGCCCGCUGUGCCCGCUGUGAGCAGAUGUUUGGAGAAGGAGAAGAAAUGUAUCUGCAGGGAUCUUCUAUCUGGCAUCCCCCAUGCAGACAAGCAGCCAAGCAAGAGGAGAAGAGCAAGCCCGGUGAUCUAUCUCCUUAUCAUGACACCUCUUCUCAGAAGCAGGUCCGGAUACAGCUCAGUGAUGGCUCUAAUGAUCAGGUCUGUGCCCCUGUGACCAGGACCUCCUCUGAGAGCAUCACUUCAGUUCCUGCAUCCAGUGCCUCCGGGUCGCCCAGCAGAGUCAUCUAUGCCAAACUGGGAGAGGAGACGCUGGACUACAAGGACCUGGCAGCACUUCCAAAGACCAAGGCCAUCUAUAACAUCGACAGGCCUGACAUGCUUUCCUACUCUCCUUAUGUCAGCUACCCGUCUGAGGAGAGGCACUAUGGAGAGUCCCCCCAGCUGCUUUCUCCUACGCCUACUGAGGGUGAUGGGGAGAAGUCCCCCCGUCAGCGGAGGCCCUCCAGCCCCAGCUCCAACAGCUCUCUGGGGGGAUACGGUCGGUACACCCCGUCCCGUUCUCCUCAGAACUACAGCAGAGCAGGACCAGGGGUACACAUGGGUGGUAAAUACAGCAGCCUGCCCCGUGACUCCAGUUCUCUCCCCUCACCUAUACCCCACCUGGGUGGUGUUAAGAGCCCCGCCACCUCGGCAAGGAAUACAUCCUCCUUCCCUGCACACUAUUGCAGGGCUGAAGGGAGCAGUAGUGCUGUGGGCCUUGGCAAGUACUCCCCCAUACCAGCAGGUGGCAGUGCAAGCUUGUCUUUACAGCUGAACCCCACCACCCUGGCAAUGCUUCAGCAGCACAACUACGUCCCUUAUUUCAGAGGGUUCAAACAGGACCCCCAACCCGGUCCUAAGCCUAGGACAUCCCUGCACCUCAAUUUACCACCUCCUAACGGUAGUGAAAGCGGUCGGAGUACCCCCAGCUUGUCCACCUACUCUGAUGGCAAAUCCCCCUCAUCUACUUCAACAUACGUGGCUGCUCCCCGGCAUUUCCACAUACCAGAGACUAUGGUCAAAGAUAAUAUCUAUAGAAAACCCCCCAUCUACAGACAGCAUGCUUCUAGAACAUCCUGGCAGGAUGGGGAUGAUAUCAAGAGAACGAGUUGGAUGAUCUUGAAAAGUGAGAUUGAUGGCCACAUGGCUCCAGACGACCUGGAUCCCUGUAAAUCCACCUGCAGUCUCCCUACUGACAGAUCCCAGCCAAAUUUCCCCUACAAUAAGUCUGCGUCAUUACCUGGUUAUGGAAGGAAUGGCAUCUAUAAGGCUGCUGAUAUGGUGGAGGAUGAAGUGGACCCAGACUCCCAGAGCUGGGGAGGAAUGAGAGAGUACAAGAUCUACCCCUAUGAGAUGCUGGCAGUGACACAUAAAGUGAAAGUGAAGCUUCCCAGAGAUGUAGAUCGCACCAGACUGGAGAGACAUUUAUCUCCGGACGAGUUUCAGCAGGUCUUCGGAAUGACGCUGGAACAGUUUGACCGCUUGGCUCUGUGGAAGAGGAACGACAUGAAGAAGAAGGCCCGUCUGUUCUAGAUCAUAAUCAAAAUAAUCGCUGCGAUGUCUCCACUACAAUCUACAAGGAAGCAGAAAAUUACGCCUGAAAUAUCUGUAUGCACCUCUUGGAUAUCAGAACCUUCCGCCUGUAAAUCUCCAUGUCAUCUGCCUGUGGAGCUGUAUAGGGACCCUCCCACACCCCCCUGUCUGGGGAUGUUCUCGCGUCAUUGAGGCAGUAUAGUAUGUGUAGCUUUUUGUAUGCAGUUUGGUGAGAAUGUUUGAUUGAAAAACCCACAGAGGAGGUAGAGGAGUUGUGUUUGCAUGGUCUGUGUUUUUCCUCCUCGCCUCCUGUGGGGUUCUGCACCCCCACCCCACCCCUCCCAAUGCUUCCGUAAAUCCUAACAAAAAAAAUCAAGAACUAGAGCAGACCUUCCACCGGGUUCUCUGUGGUUCUGGUUGUCUUCCCUUGUUGUUUCCGUCUCUCUUUUCAGAUCCUAUCUCCUCUUACUCCAACAUGUUUUUGCUACGCUGCCUUUUUCUGCGUAGCUUUGUCCUCUGCCCGUCCUAACCCACUGUUACAUUGCCAAGCAAGUCGAUUUGUUUUACACCAUCGCCAUUACCUUUAGGCUUAGAAGACUGUAGCAUUGUACAUAUUAACUGCUUGAGCACGUCAAGGCCAAAGACUGGGUUAAAAACUGGAUCUACUCCAAUGUUGAACUUCUUCAGGAACUGAUGGAAAAAGCAUCGGAACACAGGCUUCUGUUUUUUAUUUUUUUUAUUUUUUUUUACCUCAUCUUGUUUUCAAUCAGAGAGCUUGAUUACAUCCGAUGCAUGCCCAGAAUAUUUCCAAUGUUGUUUCAUAUCUUUCAAACCCAUGAAUCAACAAAGACAGGCAUGGAGUGGGUGGCAACCCCAACACGUGAGUCAGGGAAAAGGUCAGAGAAGCAGCAUCUGCAGAGUGACAUGAACUGGCAAAAUAUUUUUAUAAGCUAUUUUUGGAAAAGUCACAAGGUGGAGUUGGAGUCAAUUUCCAGAGUGUUUCUAGCCAUGCUCCCAUUGCCUAUGCAGUCACACUUCUGCAAUUCAAGUGAGGUCUGGCUGGAUUUCAAACCCAAGCCUCUGGCAUUGUUUUGUGUCUUUAGCUCGUUUUACCUCCUUACUGUUUGGGGGAAUUCCUGCAUACGGUCAAACUUAGACGUUUCUAACGGAUCCCAUCGGCUUUGCUUUAUUUUACCGGACCAUGAACUGAUAUCAUCACGAUCAGAUACAGGAUGUAUGUUUAAAUAUACUGGACAUUUACCAGAUUUAUCUGUCUGUACUCAAGCCUUGGUGUAUCUUUGAGCAUGCAUGAGGAUGGGAAGAUGGGCUUUCUCUGCUGACCUCAUAUUAGAAAUGUAUGAAAACAUCGUCAUCAAUGUUGUUUGAAUGAUUGGUUAUUUUAUAGUUAUAUGAAAUGCCUGAAUUUGCUGCUUACUUUUGCUCGUGUAAGGUAUUUAUUUAAAGCCAACAUUAUGGAAAUGGUUCUAUUCUGACAUUAUUAGGGUGUAGUGUCAAUUGCAUAAGCAUCACACAAUAGAGUUGAUGAAGAGAGACAUAUCACGUUUUGAGUUUAAUCUGAGUGUCAGAUCAAAUGUUUCUCCUGUAAGAAGCAUACUAACUCCUGUCUUUAUCUUUAUGUUGAGUUUCUAAUAUCCAUCUGCUAUUAAAGUGCUUUAACCUGA